CUGAGCUAUCAAAAGUCCUUAUUUAGUGACUCUAGGGCAGAUAUAAAGUCAAAGAGGCGAGACAGAAAGCAGAGGUGCUUUUUACUUUGCUGGGAUGUUUCGCAUCACCAACAUUGAGUUUCUUCCUGAAUACCGACAGAAGGAGUCCAGGGAAUUUCUGUCAGUGGCGCGGACUGUACAGCAAGUGAUAAACCUGGUUUAUACAACACCUGCCUUCUCCAAAUUUUACCGGCAGUCUGUAGCUGCGGAUGUCAGCAACAACAAACGUGGCCUCCUUGUCCGCUUCUGGCUUGUAUCUGUCAUGCCUCACGCCAAGGGCCACACCUUCUGUGAGGCCGGUGUGGCUGCCAUCCUGAAGGACCCCGUCCAGACAAGCGUCGUAAACCGGGCCUCUGUGGGCCUGCAGGCUCUGGCUGUGGACAUGGACUCUGUGGUACUAGAUGACAAAGGCUGCUCCCAGGACUUCUAUGCAGAUCAUCUGUCUCUCCGCUACCCUCUGGAGAUUUCAACUACCUCAGGGAGGCUGAUGUGCCACUUCAAGCUGGUGGCCAUAGUGGGCCAUCUGAUCCGACUCUCGGUAGAGUCUGUCCAGAUUGAAGCUGACAACUGUGUCACCGACUCCCUGACCAUUUACGACUCUCUCUCGUCAAUCCGGAGCACCAUCUUGUACAGAAUUUGUGAACCUGCAAGAACAUUAAAGUCAUUUGUUUCUACAAAUAAUCUCAUGUUGGUGACAUUUAAGUCUCCUCAGGUAUGGAGGCUAUCAGGAAUUCGGGCAUAUUUUGAGGUCAUUCCAGAACAAAAAUGUGAAAACACAGUGUUGGUCAAAGAAAUCACUGGUUUUGAAGGGAAAAUUUCAAGUCCAUAUUACCCAAGCUACUAUCCUCCAAAAUGCAAGUGUACCUGGAAAUUUCAGUCUCCCCCCUCAACUCUUGGCAUAGCAUUGAAAUUCCAUAACUAUUCAAUAACCAAGAAGAGGAUGAGAGGCUAUGACCAUGGACGGUGGGAAAUUAAUGAGCACAUGUACUGCGGCUCCUACAUGGAUCACCAGACGAUUUUCCGAGUGCCCAGCUCUCUGGUUCACAGUCAGCUGCAGUGCAGUUGAAGGCUUUCGGACAAGCCGCUUUUGGUGGAAUAUGGCAGUUACAUCAGUCAACCCUGUCCUGUUGGAUCUUUUAGAUGCUCCUCUGGUUUGUGCGUCCCUCAGGCCCAGCGAUGUGAUGGAGUAAAUGACUGCUUUGAUGAAAGCGAUGAACUCUUCUGUGUGACUCUCAAGGCUGCCUGCGAUGCCAGCUCCCUCAGGCAGCACAGCAGCCUGACCUGCGGCGGCUUCCAGGACUGUGAGGACGGCCGGGUGAGCAGAACUGCGCUCACACUGAGUAUUCCAUGCAACAACAGAACUUUUAAGUGUGGCAAUGAUGUUCGCAUUAGGAAACAAAAUGCAAAAUGUGAUGGCAACGUGGAUUGUCCAGAUGGAAGUGAUGAAGAAGGCUGCAGCUGCAGCAGCAGUUCCCCCACCCUCCACCGCAUCAUCCGGGGCACCGAUACCCAGGAGGGGGGUUGGCCGUGGCAAGUCAGCCUCCACUUCUUUGGAUCUGCCUACUGUGGCACCUCAGUCAUCUCCAGGGAGUGGCUCCUCUCUGCCGCCCACUGUUUCCAUGGAAGCAGGCUGUCUGACCCCACGCCGUGGACCGCGCACCUUGGCAUGUCCGUGCAGGGGAACGCCAAGUUCGUCUCCCCGGUGAGGAGAAUCGUGGUCCACGAGCACUACAACAGCCAGACCUUUGACUACGACAUUGUCUUGCUGCAGCUCAGUGUCGCCUGGCCUGAGGCCCCGAAGCAGCUCCUUCAGCCAAUAUGCAUCCCUCCUGCCGGCCAGAAAGUGCGCAGUGGAGAAAAGUGCUGGGUGACCGGCUGGGGGCGCAGGCACGAAGCAGACAAUAAAGGUUCCCCUGUUUUGCAGCAAGCAGAGGUAGAGCUCAUUGACCAAACCCUCUGUGUUUCCACCUAUGGCAUCAUCACUUCGAGGAUGCUCUGUGCAGGUGUCAUGUCAGGCAAGAAAGAUGCUUGCAGAGGAGAUUCAGGUGGACCUUUAUCCUGUCGAAGAAAGAGUGAUGGAAAAUGGAUUUUGACUGGCAUUGUUAGCUGGGGUCAUGGAUGUGGAAGACCAAACUUUCCUGGUGUUUACACAAGGGUGUCAAACUUUGUUCCCUGGAUUCAUAAAUACAUCCCUUCUCUUUUGUAA